AUUUAAGAAUAUUAACCUGCGAGAUACAAAGUGUUGUACGCUGCGCUAUUUUACCACGUGUUUUAACCCGCGAUUACAUUGAUUCUUACGAGAACUAUAAAGCACUUUUGUAAUAAGUUUAAAGUUAUCGUUAAUUGAAACAAGAAAAUGCCUGAAGAAAUGGAAACCCAGCCAGCGGAGGUGGAGACCUUCGCCUUUCAGGCGGAGAUCGCCCAGCUCAUGUCCCUGAUUAUCAACACAUUUUACUCCAACAAAGAAAUCUUUCUCCGUGAGUUAAUUUCAAAUUCAUCUGACGCCCUGGACAAAAUCCGUUAUGAAUCUCUCACCGACCCGUCGAAGCUCGAUAGCGGUAAGGAAUUAUACAUCAAAAUUGUUCCAAACAAAAGUGAGGGCACAUUGACAAUCAUCGAUACGGGUAUCGGUAUGACAAAGGCUGAUCUAGUCAACAACUUGGGUACGAUCGCCAAGUCCGGCACUAAAGCCUUUAUGGAGGCGUUGCAGGCCGGCGCAGACAUCAGCAUGAUCGGUCAGUUUGGUGUAGGUUUCUACUCCUGCUACUUGGUAGCUGACCGUGUCACAGUACACUCCAAGCACAACGACGACGAACAGUACAUGUGGGAAUCUGCUGCUGGAGGUUCGUUUACGGUCCGCCCCGACCAUGGUGAGCCUUUGGGCCGUGGUACUAAGAUCGUGCUCCACGUCAAAGAGGACCUCGCUGAGUACAUGGAGGAACACAAAAUCAAAGAGAUCGUCAAGAAACAUUCCCAGUUCAUCGGCUACCCGAUCAAACUUGUCGUUGAGAAGGAACGCGAAAAGGAACUGUCUGACGAUGAGGCAGAGGAAGAAAAGAAGGAAGAAGAAAAAGAAGAUGAAAAGCCCAAGAUCGAAGAUGUAGGUGAGGACGAUGAAGAGGACAGUAAGGACAAGAAGAAAAAGAAGAAGACUAUCAAGGAAAAGUAUACUGAAGAUGAAGAGCUGAACAAGACCAAGCCCAUCUGGACCCGUAACGCUGACGACAUCACACAAGAAGAGUACGGCGACUUCUACAAAUCCCUAACCAACGAUUGGGAAGACCAUCUAGCUGUAAAGCACUUCAGCGUUGAGGGUCAGCUCGAGUUCCGCGCCCUCCUGUUCGUACCCCGCCGUGCUCCUUUCGACCUCUUCGAAAAUAAGAAACGCAAGAACAACAUUAAAUUGUACGUACGCAGAGUAUUCAUCAUGGACAACUGCGAAGACCUCAUUCCCGAGUACCUAAACUUUAUCAAGGGUGUGGUCGACAGCGAGGAUCUGCCUUUGAACAUUUCUCGUGAAAUGCUUCAACAGAACAAAAUCUUGAAAGUAAUUAGGAAAAACUUAGUCAAGAAAUGUUUAGAACUGUUCGAGGAACUUGCAGAGGACAAAGAAAACUACAAGAAGUUCUACGAACAAUUUAGCAAGAACUUGAAAUUAGGUAUCCAUGAAGACUCUCAGAAUCGCUCUAAGCUUGCUGACUUGCUCCGCUACCACACAUCUGCCUCCGGUGAUGAAGUCUGCUCUCUCAAGGAGUAUGUCUCUCGCAUGAAGGAGAACCAGAAACACAUUUACUACAUUACUGGUGAAAAUAGAGACCAAGUAGCUAACUCUUCCUUUGUUGAGAGAGUCAAGAAACGUGGCUAUGAAGUUGUCUACAUGACUGAGCCCAUCGAUGAGUAUGUAGUCCAACAAAUGAGGGAGUAUGACGGCAAGACCCUUGUCUCUGUUACCAAGGAAGGUCUUGAACUUCCUGAGGAUGAGGAAGAAAAGAAGAAGCGCGAGGAAGACAAAGUCAAGUUUGAAAGCCUCUGCAAAAUUAUGAAGAACAUUCUAGACAACAAAGUCGAGAAAGUAGUAGUUUCUAACAGGCUUGUGGAGUCUCCGUGCUGUAUCGUAACUGCUCAGUAUGGUUGGUCGGCCAACAUGGAACGUAUCAUGAAAGCUCAGGCCCUGCGUGAUACAUCUACUAUGGGAUACAUGGCUGCCAAGAAACAUCUUGAAAUUAACCCUGACCAUUCUAUAGUAGAAACGCUAAGACAGAAGGCUGACGCUGAUAAGAAUGAUAAGGCUGUCAAGGACUUAGUUAUUCUUCUUUAUGAAACUGCUCUACUUUCAUCUGGCUUCACUCUUGAUGAGCCUCAGGUCCAUGCUUCCCGGAUCUACCGCAUGAUCAAGCUUGGUCUCGGUAUUGAUGAAGACGAACCAAUCCAAGUUGAGGAGUCUAGUGCUGGGGACGUCCCACCACUAGAAGGUGACGCAGAUGAUGCGUCUCGUAUGGAAGAAGUUGAUUAAGCUAUCCGCCUAUAACCAAAUUGUAAUGGUGUAACUUGUCAUUGUUGAUGAAGUGCCAAUACCUAAAUAUGUAAUUACACAGCUAUUUCUAACAAAAACUCAAUAAGUGUAAUGAGUACUGAAUAACUUUAGUCUAGAUGUUAUGGUCUUGUCACUUCAUCGGACCUGUGAUUGUUCCGCAAGUUUUUUUUGUGCACUGGUGUACAGCCAAAGACUGAUUUUAGUUCAAAUUCCAAUUAAUAAAUAAAUAAUUACAAAUAAUGUAAAACAAUA